GACAGCAUGGGAGUGGAUGGUACAGGGAACGGGAGGAUGGUGGCGGGGGUAUGGCAGUGGGUCAGAGAGGUACGGCAGUGGGAGCAGGGAGGCUCUGGGCAGAUGCCAUAGCAGGAGUCAGCGAGUGAAUUUUCGAGCCUCAGGAAGGGUGGCAGGUGAGGGCUCCAAUGGCGGGCGUGAGUGCAGGGUCUGGACACACUACUGACACAGACAGGGCUUCUGAGGAGCUGUCAGGCCAUCAGUGAAAUCGAGCCUUUUGGGUUUCCCCUGUUAUAAUUUGUCCUUCGGUCCCACGACGUUGCGGGCCCUGCCGGAAUGCAUCUCACCAGCUUCCUCCACGCCUGCUCAUUGCAUUGCAGCCUGUGCAAACCCCCUCUCCUCCCCAGGAAUUUUUAAAGAGGUGAAAUACCAGCUUCAGUUGCUGUAGGCUGGAGCAAAUACAGCCUGACAUAGCAGCACACGCACUCAGACAUCUUGAUGCUUUCUGGAACCUCCCGUUCCUCUCCACUGGGUGCCUUUUCCCCCUUUGGCUACUCAGUUUGCUAAUUCAGAGUUGGAAGGCACCCUGUGCGCAAGAGGGAAUCCCUGCGCUCUGAUCUGCAUUGCUAUUAGUGUGCUGGGACCUGCGGACGCUUGGCGGUCUGGGCCAUGCUGAGAGAACAGCAGAUGCAAGAGAAGAGAAACACUUGGACUAAAAUGAAAGGAUCAGCCCUGCAAUGGGAAUAAGAACAGCAUCUGCCAUAAGAUCAUUGCGGAUAAAACUACAAGGCUCUUCCAUCCUCACGCUGCAGGGCACAAGCUGGUUCCCAGCUGGAUCCCAGAGAAUUUCACCCUCCUCUGGAGCAGCCACCAUUGGCCACAAGAUAGCAGAUGACCUGGACCAUUGCACUGACUAGAAUGGCAGCUAGUACCCUGUGUUCCUAGAGCGCUUCGCUCUCUGAUUACCCAUUUCUGUCGAUCAAAAUUGAAUCUAAUUUUCAGAGAGGAGGAAUGCAGCAUUUUGAAAAUCCUACCAGCUCCCCAAAUAUGCUGUAUGAACAGAAGUCUCCAGUCUAAGUAUGUGUAUGGUCCCCAUCACCGUCCUAGAUUGGGAACUUGGAGAACUAUUACCACUUUCACCACAGCAGGACGAUAAGGCGCUCGACACUCAGCAGUCGAGGCCGGCACAACUUUCUCCGGAUGGAUCCCAAGGUGAAGUGGCUACAGCAACAGGAAGUGAAACGUCGAGUUAAGAGACACGUUCGGGGUGACCCUCCUUUGAUUCACUUCAAUGACCCAAUGUGGUCUAAAAUGUGGUAUAUGCACUGUGGAGUUAAAAACAAUCGCUGCAGGUCAGAAAUGAAUAUUCCAGCAGCCUGGCAGAGAGGAUAUACUGGCAAAAACGUGGUGGUGACCAUUCUUGAUGAUGGCAUAGAGACCAGUCAUCCUGAUCUCGUACAAAACUAUGAUCCUCAGGCAAGCUAUGACGUCAAUGACAAUGACUGUGAUCCGAGUCCACGCUACGAUGCCAGCAACGAGAAUAAACAUGGCACCCGCUGUGCUGGACAAGUUGCAGCUAAAGCAAACAACUCUCAUUGUAUCGUGGGCAUCGCGUAUAAUGCAAGAAUAGGAGGCGUUCGUAUGUUAGAUGGAGAUGUAACAGAUGUUGUUGAAGCAAAGUCGCUUGGCAUCAGACCCGAUUACAUUGACAUUUACAGCGCAAGCUGGGGGCCAGAUGAUGAUGGGAAGACAGUUGAUGGACCCGGUGAAUUGGCCAAACAGGCUUUUGAGUAUGGCAUUAAAAAGGGUCGUAAGGGUUUGGGCUCCAUUUUUGUCUGGGCCUCAGGAAAUGGUGGCAGAGAAGGCGAUCACUGCUCUUGUGAUGGCUACACCAACAGCAUCUACACCAUCUCCAUCAGCAGCAGCACGGACAGUGGGCUCAAGCCAUGGUAUCUAGAGGAAUGCGCGUCUACUCUCGCCACGACCUACAGCAGCGGGGCAUUUUACGAGCAAAAAAUUGUUACCACAGAUUUAAGACACGGUUGCACAGAAGGCCAUACUGGAACCUCCGUGUCUGCACCCAUCGUCACAGGCAUCAUCGCUUUGGCUUUAGAAGCAAACCCCUCACUGACCUGGAGAGAUGUUCAGCAUCUGAUUGUUAAAACAUCCAGGCCCCUACAUCUGAAAGCAAAUGACUGGAAAACAAAUGGAGCAGGACGCAAAGUUAGCCAUCUAUAUGGAUAUGGUCUGGUUAAUGCAGAAGCUAUUGUAAUGGAAGCUAAGAAAUGGAAAAAAGCACCCACCCAGCAAGUCUGCAUUGGAAGCUCCGAUAGGACACCCAGGGACAUCCAUGCCGACCAGAUAGUGCGCACAACCACCGUGACCAACGCCUGCGCCAACCACUACGACCAGCGCGUGGUGUACCUGGAGCAUGUCAUAGUGCGAGUCAGCAUUGAGCACCCUCGGCGCGGAGACCUGCAGAUUAACUUAACUUCCCCUUCAGGGACGGAGUCUCAGCUCUUGGCAAGAAGAGCAUUUGAUAUCUCCAACGAAGGAUUUAAAAACUGGGAAUUCAUGACUGUUCACUGCUGGGGGGAGAAGGCAGAAGGGGAAUGGACUCUGAAGAUCCAUGACACACCAUCCCACAUGCGCAACCCAGAGAGGCGAGGAAAGUUAAAGGAAUGGAGUCUCAUUUUAUAUGGAACAGCCGAACACCCUUACAACACAACCAGUCCCCAUCACUCCCAAUCGAGGAUGCUGGAGAUUUCAGCGCCCAAAAUGGAGCCCUCUAAAGCAGCAGUUUUCCAGAGUCAGAUGGAGGUGGUGGAAGAGGAGGAAGAAUACACAGGUCCAUGUCAUCCUGAAUGUGGCAACAAAGGCUGCGAUGGUCCUACUGCAGAUCAGUGCUUGAAUUGCAUCCAUUACAGUCUUGGAAGUGUUAAAGCUGGCAGGGUGUGUGUGAGCUCGUGCCCUUCAGGGUAUUUUGGGGAGAAUGCAAGUAGGAGAUGCCGAAGAUGCCAGAAGGCGUGCGAAACCUGCACGGGCAGGGGCCGAAACCAGUGUACAUCUUGCCAACGCGGUUUCUAUCACCACCAGGAAACAAAUGCAUGUGUGGUGUUCUGUCCAGCUGGGUUUUACGCCGAUGAAAGUCAAAAACUCUGUCUUGAAUGUCAUCAAAGCUGUAAAAAAUGUGCUAGUGAUCCAGAUAAACAUAUUCUAUGCAAGGAUGGAUUCAGCCCAUUAGGCGCAGGCUGUCUACCGGAAUGCCAGCCAGGCAUGCACUUCAGCAAAGAGACCCGGAAAUGUGAGAGGUGCCACGCGAGCUGCCAGACAUGUGUCGGGCCAGGCAAAGAGGCAUGCAUACAAUGUGCCAAAGAUUUCCACCUGCACGAGUGGCGAUGUGUCCCUGCUUGCAGCCAGGGAUUUUACCCUGAGGCAGUGCCAGGUCUACCUUAUAAAGUCUGCACAAGAUGUGAUGACAGCUGCUCAGCCUGUGAAGGCUCCAGGGAUAACUGCGUCAAGUGUAAGGAAGGUUUCAAUCUGCGCAUCGGCUCAUGCAUCACAAAUGUAACCUGCAUGGACGAUUCUCCUAUUCCUGAACGCAGCCCCUCAGCUUUCAAGACUCUCUGUGAGAUUGUGAAAUCAAAAAAGCUCUGUGAAAUGAAGCUAUUUGUACAGUUAUGCUGUCAGACAUGUCGCAUGGCUGGAUAAAGUUCAGUAUCUGCAUCCA